GCCGAGGAAGGUAACCUGACCGGCUGAAAUUGCCGAUGGUUAAAGAAUCCAGCUCUCAUCAUGUGUUUGCUCGCAGUAGUUGUCACUCACUUCCCUCAAGAACCGGAUCGAUAUAAUAGUCUUAAACAUCUGUAGAGUGGCACGCACACAGGUUUGAGCUUUGACACACAUCCCAUCCAUUCCAAACCACAGUGAUGCCACUCGGCAUCCGUCACUUACUGAUCGGCUUCUUGUCCAUCUUCAACUGCAAUGGGGCCGAGGAAUGGCUUCAUAAUUACGACGCGUUGGCCAAGUGGGAGCCCCCAACAGCGGCAGAUAUGAACGAGUUAAUGUCAUCUUUUCCUCCAACAAUCACGGGUUUCCAAAAUGAUCCCAAUCACAUAGAAAGCUUUGGUGGCCCACAGACUGGUCUUCAAUUUCCUCCACCAAUCACUGGUUCUCAAAAUGAUCCCAAUCAUCUACACAACUUUGGUGGCCCACAGACUGGUCUUCAAAAUGAUCACAAUCUAUACAGCUUUGACAGUUAUUAUCAUCCAGAACCUCAUAUGAACAUUCCAUUUUUCACUUCUGAAUCCCACGGAAGCUUCGCUAAUCCUCCCGCCUUUAAUUUACCGGCCAAUCACGGUGAAACCCUUGCAGGGAUUGAUUCAGUGGAUCCAAUCCUAUCAUACGAGCCUAUUUCUGCCCUAGCAAGCUUACCAGAACUUCCACAUCUACCUUUUCCAUUCGGAAUGACGUCUCCCGAAUUCAACCAACAGAUUUAUAGAGCAAAUCCCGGGCAGAAAUAUCCCGACCCGAUCUUAAAUGCCUGGGAACAUUUCCAGUUGAAACCCCCCUUCACAAAGCGUAAAUCUCGAGCUUUUCAGCCUCGAACUAGGCCCCACCACCGGGACAAAAAACUGAAAGUGUGUACGCCUUCUGAAGGGCCAUCUGCUGAACUCUUCAACUCUCAUGCAACCACAAGUUAUUCCAGCCGUUUGGGGAUGGAUACUCCCAGUCCUUCAAUUAUCAUGAAUCUACCAAAGAAAAUUGACUGCUGGUAUCCUCAAAUCGUGAAUGAGCCCGACAAUAAUAUACAGAGUCCAAUAAUUUAUUGGCGUAGCCCCUCGUAUGCUAGAAGGUACAAUGCACAAUUUCCACAGAAUAUGCUGAACUUUAAGGAGUACUCUAACAGCCAAGCAAAUGUUAUUAGGGUGGGAUGUGAAUUGAGAAGAAUGAAAUUUGAUAAGAACACCUUCACAAAUCAUGAAUGGAGCCAGGAAAAAUUUUACUCGAAUAUUUUAAACCUGAUCGAACAACUUCCGCAUCAAGAGGCUUUUCAGGGAGAGCUGGUCAUGACGCCCAACCAAUUCAUCGUGCAUCAUACUCUUGUCAAUUGGAUUUAUCCAAUCGAGAAGGUAAGGAGUGGAGCCAGUAGGAGAAAGCUCAGACCGGAUGGUGGAUCUUAUAAUAGUAAUGACAACAAAGAAGGCAGAAGAAGAAUGACGGCCGCUCAUGGGUAUCUCUUGGAGAACAAACGAGCUUGGUAUGCGCAUUGGAAGAAGCUUCUGAACUGGAACGAUCCUGGGAACCCGAUCGACCUGAUCGAGAAAAUCCAAACGGCCAAGAUGCGAGACACAAUCAUCACAUUCUUGUUCUUUGUUGAGAUGAUUGAUUCGAUUGUUCCUAGAUCACGACCAGAAGGAAGGUCUUGUUCAGCAUUGGAAGAGGCAUUCUUGACAUUAGAACGGAUCUUCAACCCGGAGAAAAUCGACCAAUCCGUGAAGGAUGAGAGGAGGGAUUACAUCCUCAAAAACUUGGAUGGAAAAUGA